UGUUCGUGGUCCAUGGAGGUGGCCGGCGGAGCGCCGGUGGAGCUCGCUCUCUCUCUCUCUCCCGAGUCGGCGGAACAACUGAACUUGGAGUCAGUGAUUCAGUGAAGAUUUGGAAGCUGGGCCUCUACAAGAUCAUCUUCGUCAUCCCUGCGGACCUCUCUCUCUCCCCAGAAUCGUCGCUGUGUUUUGGUAUUUUAUCGGUUUUAAUUGAUUAUCCAUUGAUUGCCGCUAUUAGUUCUUGCUCAUCAUUCUGCGAAAAUUUCUUGUUGUUUUGUUAUGUUUAAUUGUUUUGCUUGUACUUGUAGUUAAGGUCCUCUGCUUCUAUUAAUCAUGACAAAAUUGAAUAUAGUGGUCUAGUUAGUGUCUUCAUGAACUCCCAGCCCUUGCAUUUCUCCAGCACACUUUGGAAAAAUUUUGUUUUUACAUCUCUAACUUGUACUGUUAAAUGAAUUUAGUUUCCAGUAGAAUAGUUCCAAGUUGUUCUUGAGGUAUCCCAUUGAUAAAUUUCGCUUCCACUGAAAUUUGAAGGGAGUUAUGUUUGGCUGGCAAGGUUUAUUGGGGAGUUUUUCUAUGGUAAACAUGGAACAUUUCAACAAUGUGGAAGACAUGAUGGAAGUUUCAAAAGUAUUGGUGGGGUACCUGAAGAAUGUGACCUUGGUUUGCCUGUACUUGAUUGAAAUGUCACGGAAGUGCUUUCCAUUUGAAUCCAGUUUCUUUAGGCUUGAAUUUGGUGGCUAUAAGUUUUGUGUGCUUUCCAUAACAUGUUGGCAAUAUGAGAUUGCUGAUAAUUAAUUGCUUAUUACAGGAUUUAGUAGUUAGGAAUCAUCUCCAUUUCAGGCUUUUAUUAGUUGUAGAGAUUACAUCAUUGAUGGCAUGAUCCUCUUUUAGAAAAACUUUCUGUAUAUGUUGUUGAAAAUCUUGAUCCAUAACUAAAAUUUUUUUAUUUUCUGCCUGAGCACUAUGUCUCAACCACCGUGUGUGGAGCCUUUUCUCCUAUGCUUAUACAUGUUCUCCUGUCAUUGGUUUUGUCUGCCAUGGAGAAAAAUUAAAAUGAGCUUCCUGUGGGGAGCCUCCCCUCCUUUGCUUAUACAUAUCCUCCUGUUAUUGCUUGUUUCUGUCAUGGAGAAAACUUAUAGGAGCUCUUUGUAAAAGAUGUGGAUAAUAUAUUUGAUUAUUAUGAUGCAACUAAUUUCUUUCCUAGUUAUAAAUCAAUAUCAGAUGCCGUUUUCUCAGCCUUUUUCAUAGCCACAGUUCCAGAAUACAAUUAUAAUCUGUACACAUUCAACAAAUGAUCAAAAUCAGAUCAAAGAGAAGGAAAUCAACUGAGGAACCACUUGAGCUAGUUUACUGAUUGCAAGUAUGUCAGCUACCAGGCAAUGACAACCACUUUCAGCUCAAGCAUAGUGACGCCCAACCUGUUGACGACGAUGUUCAACUUUUUUGUCGCAUUCGUUUUGUCGUGUGCGAAGUGGUCCUGCUACUGUCCUUGUGGACCAAGAGAUUUGUAUUGGUAUGGCCGCCAAAGACCUCUUACAAGAUUCUAUCAAAUCUCACCUAUAUAGACUGAUUGAAGAAACAAUAUGCAUCAUCAUGAACAACAACAACAACAGUCCCGAGGAGGACUUGCAAAUUCUCAAUCCAAUUCAAUCCAAUCCAAUCCAACUUGGCAUGGGUGGUGUCUCUAUCACUUGGGGUUGCGGCAAAGCAGUGACGUAACGGGAAGGACCCUGAAGCCUCAUCCAACGAGUUCAACAUAAGAGUCAAACUCCUCUUGGGCCCCACACGUGAGUGAGAGCAAGGUGGUGGAGGUGCGGUCUCAUGCCUGAAAGCCGUGGUGAACGCCCUGUUGGAAGGCCCAAUAGGGCCGGACAGAACCUUGGGGAUGACCGUGGCUUUUGGGCCUCUUUACUCAUGUUUAUCCGACUGUUUGGGGACUUCAUCAUCUUCCUCCUACCAAGGAGGGAAGUUCCUCAACAGGUCCCUGUGAUACCAAGAGUCAUAGUUUUCAGGAGGCGCCGACAAGUGUUUCUCGAUAGGCUUGCAAACAAUGUGAGAAUUGCUCUGUUAACAAUAUUCCUCAGUCAACAAGAUGCAAGGGGAAGGACCAUUACCAUCUUUGUACUCGGCCUCCUUCUGCUUCUUUCUCGUGCCGGGGUUAUUCGCCCUUUUCCGUGGGUUGUACUAAAUUGGGAUCCCCCCCUGUAUUUGUGGCCUGCUGCAGAACCUGAUGACAGAAAUGAGGAACCUGGGGAAGGGGAGAAUCCUGAGCAUGAGGAAUGAAAAUCGGGCGCGAACCUUGAACUAGGAAUAGAAAUAAAGCAGUGAAGUUCAGUGUAGCUGCUCAUUGUAGAACCUGCUUAGAAAUAAUGAAUGGAAAUUUCCUUUAAAAAGUUCA